GUGCUUUGUGCGUGUGUGAUGGUGCGGACGCACAUGGUGCUGCUGCUGGCGGUAGCACUGUGCGGCGCCGCCACCACACUCGACUCCGAACUCGGGCUCGGCAAGGCGAUCAAUAUAUUUAUGAGGUAUGGCUACCUCAGCAUCUGCAUGCGCGUGGUGCCCCGGAACGACACGGAGGGCUGGGUGUUCCGGGAGCCGACGGUCUCCGUGUUCCGGGAGGUGGAGCAGUACGCCAUCGCGCCCACCCCGCGCCACGCCAAGACACUCUUCGACGGAGACUUCCAUAUGGAGUUCUGCGAUAACCUGAAGCAGUUGCUCCAGGCUUACUUUAGGGAUUUUAGUUUUGAAAGACUGGAGCGCCCCUGGCGAGCGUUCACCGCCGGCUGGCCGACGGACAUCAUGGCGCGGAACCUCGGCAUCAACUCCUCAUUCAUCAACGGAGACCACUGCUACGUCCUCGUUAGGGUAUCCAGGUUUCGCGAGACAGCGAAACUGAGUGACCUGCCGGGCAACAUAGGGGUGGAAGACGUCGUGUAUGACGCCAUACAGGAGUCCACUAUAGGAGACACGGCGUCCAUCGCGGACUUCAUUAGGAAAUAUGGAUCGCAUUACAUCGCAUCUUAUAUCACUGGGAACUCUCUUUAUCAGGUGUUUGUGUUCUCUAGAAGCGCGUACUCUAUGAUCAAAGAGAGGCUUAAGAGUAAAGGAGUAGCUGAUAUAACUGCUAAGGAACUAGAAGGAUACUUCUCGCCAUGGCAUGCUAAACAUAUUGGCCAGAUCAAGGUAGCCAGCGGCAACAAAACUGUGGAAAGUUGGGCCACCAAGCGCUUACGAGUCCACUAUUACAUAUUCUCAUACCCCAGCCUAUUAAAGCUGCAUGGGGAGCCAUCACUUCUCAGAAGCCUAGACACAUUAUUAGGCAAUGAAGCCUUACUCCAAUUAGAAUUAAAAACCCUCUCCCCAGCAUUCAAAGAUGCGAAAAAAAAGAAAUGGUUCGAAGAAGUCAUAGACAAUUAUUUAAAACUCUGGGAGAGCAACAUGUGACGUAUUAAGUUAAUCCAUAGACUAAGUAGAUAUUUUUUUAAUGUAUCGAGUCCUGCCAUUGAAGAAUGCUGAACGGCCAUUAACAAAAUAACGGACAAAACAAUGCAUAGAGUUGUAUUUCAACUUUUAAACAUCGAACAUAUUUAUUUUAUUGUGAAUUUUGAAUAAAUAUAUAGUUUUAAGUACAAUAAUAUGGAAUUCAGUAAGAUGUUACUAUAUUAAUAAAAUUGUAUUUAAAAUCUCGAUCAGGAAAACCGUCUUGUAUUU